AUGGGUGUCCCAAAGUUCUUCAGAUGGCUCAGUGAGCGAUAUCCAGCCAUUUCCCAGCUAAUAGCUGAGAACCGGAUCCCGGAGUUUGAUUGUCUGUAUUUAGACAUGAAUGGUAUCAUCCACAACUGCACCCACAAAGAUUCCGAUUCUGUCAACUUUCGUAUGACUGAGGAUCAGAUGUUCAUCGCCAUUUUCAACUACAUAGAACAUCUCUUUGGCAAAAUCAAACCAAAGCAAUUAUUCUUCAUGGCUAUUGAUGGCGUCGCACCCCGAGCCAAGAUGAACCAACAACGAUCUCGUCGAUUUCGCACUGCCCUCGAAGCUGAAAAGGCCCGUGACAAAGCGAUCAAAGAAGGCCUGGAAAUGCCCAAGGAAGAACCAUUUGACAGUAAUUGCAUCACUCCGGGCACGGAAUUCAUGGCCAAACUCACCAGACAAUUGAAAUACUUCAUCAGCAAGAAAGUAUCUGAAGAUGUCGACUGGCAAGGCGUCGAGGUUGUACUCUCGGGUCACGAAGUUCCAGGUGAAGGGGAGCAUAAGAUCAUGGAGUACAUCCGGCAAGCCAAGGCACAACCAGCAUAUGAUCCCAACGUUCGGCAUUGUUUGUACGGACUUGAUGCCGAUUUAAUCAUGCUGGGACUUCUCAGCCAUGACCCUCAUUUUUGCCUGCUCCGAGAGGAGGUCACUUUUGGCCGGCAAUCCAGCAAGAAGUCUAAAGAAUUGGAACACCAAAACUUUUACCUCAUGCAUUUGUGCAUCGUCAGAGAAUAUCUUGAAUUAGAAUUCCAAGAGUUGCGACAAGGAGGCGCUCUUACUUUCCCUUACGACUUGGAACGAAUUAUUGACGACUUCAUAUUGAUGGCGUUCUUCGUUGGUAACGAUUUCCUACCUAAUCUCCCCAACCUACACAUCAAUGAAGGGGCGCUGGCGCUCAUGUUUCAAAAGUACAAACAAAUCCUUCCUACGCUAGGUGGUUAUAUCAACGAACACGGCGUGAUCAACCUGAAGCGGUUAGAGGUACUUUUGGAUGAAUUCUCCGAAGUGGAACAUCGCUUCUUCGAAGCAGACUUUGCCGAUGCCAAGUGGAUCAACGCAAAACGGGAUCAAGCUACCGACGUCGAGCCUACUAAGGCGAACCGCGGGCCAGUCAGGAUAUCAUCCGAACAAAAGAAACUCUUCAAGGAGGUGAAGAAGUAUUUCAUUUCACCAGCGAACAAAGAUCAGGCUACCAAAAUCCCAUUCGACUUGCCCUCCGCCCUCCCUGCGAGAGAUCGCAAGUUUGUGCAGCAACUUGCCACGGAUCUCAACUUACAAUGGUCAACUCAGGAGGAUUCCAAUGGUGAUCGAUUCAUCCAACUUCAGUUUCCCGACAGAAUCGCUGGUUCCAACAAAGAUGACGACGACGAAUCAGAGGAUGAGGAGUCUCAGCUAGCCAUUACCAGGAUUCUAAAGCGAUACGAGAAUGCAAAGGUCGAGGCAGGUACAGACGAAGUAGCUCAGCAAGAUCUCAAGAAGAAAUAUGAUCAGAAGUUCCUGGAGUGGAAAGACACUUAUUACAAAGAGAAAUACGCAUGGGGUAUUGACAAUGAGGCAGAACUCAAGACUUUGACAGAGAACUAUGUUCAAGGGCUGCAGUGGGUGCUCUACUAUUAUUAUCGAGGAGUCGCCUCCUGGCCCUGGUACUACGCCUCUCACUAUUCGCCAAUGAUUUCCGAUGUCAAAAGAGGUCUGGGUGCAAAUUUAGACUUCCAAUUAGGUCAACCUUUCAGGCCCUUUCAGCAACUCAUGGGCGUGUUGCCAGAUCGAAGCAAGAAGAUUGUACCGGAAGUCUACCAUGAGCUGAUGACAUCCAAAGACUCACCCAUAAUUGACUUCUAUCCUCGCGACUUCGAGUUGGACAUGAAUGGAAAGAAAAUGGACUGGGAAGCGGUAGUCAAGAUUCCAUUCAUUGAUGAGAAGAGACUUCUCAGUGCCAUGGCACCCAAGGACAAACUUCUCACCGCUGAUGAGAAGCUUCGGAAUGACUUUGGAGUCAGCUUGAAGUUCACCUAUUCAGCUGACACUGACUACACCUAUCCCUCCUCCCUUGUCGGCGUCUUCCCAGACCUUUCACACUGCCAUUGCAUCCAGAACGAGUUUGAGCUUCCUACUAUGGACGGUCUCGAACCAUAUGUAGGGUUGGUUGAGGGUGUCAAGCUCGGGGCAGCAGCCCUGGCUGGAUUCCCUAGCUUGAAAUUCCUUCCAUUCACUGGCUCUCUUGGAUUCCACGGUGUCAACGUAUUUCAACAAGAUAGCCGCAAUGAGAGCAUGGUUGUCACUCUCUCGAGCACGGAAGCCCGUACAAGAAUUGAGCAUGCAAAGCUGCUGCUCAAUCAAUGUGUUUAUGUUGGAUACCCCUUCUUGCAAGAGGCGAAGAUUGUGAAAGUUUCAGAUGAGUUGUUCGACUAUACAAUGAGCGAAGACGGCGCUCGUCAAGUGAGAGCAAUCGAACAUUCUGGGAAUGAGAUUGAUCAAUUCCAUAAGAAGGCAGAUCGGAUCGACAAAUGGUACAGCAAGAGACUUGGGAUGCUAAUUGGUGAUGUUGAAUCCCUUGUGCAGGUCGAGAUGCUCAAGGGUCUAAAGAAACUCGACAAUGGAUCUACCGUCAAGGAAUUUGCCGAGCUCCCAGGCUCGGAAACAACACAUGCAGCACAGCUUGUAGUCGAAGACAUUGUCAGCAAGGACGUUCGAUUCAUUGAACAAGCAGCCCUCCCCAUCGAAGAGGAAUUCCCCGAUGGUACCAAUGCUUUCUUCCUCGGAGAUUAUGCUUAUGGUCGGCCACUCAGCGUUACAGGUCAUGAAGGUGGGAAGGCAAAAUGCCUUAUUGCAAUGUCAAAAGCGCCCCAGAAAGAGUUCGGUCGUGAGAUUGCCCUCCAAGCAGAGAGACUUUCUCCGUACACACCAUCCUACCAAAUUGCACGAAGUCUGAAUCUCAAUUCACUCGCCUUGGCCAAAAUCACAUCCUCUUUCUCUGUGAAAGUUGAUGAGACCAGAGUCAACCUAGGGUUGAAUCUCAAAUUCGAAGCGAAGAAAUUGAAGGUGCUUGGUUACUCCAGAAAAAGUGAAAACGGAUGGGAAUUCAGUCGCGCGGCCAUUGAGCUUAUUCAACAAUACAUGAUCAAAUUUCCAGAGUUCAUCGCGGGAAUCCAUAGCAAUCCCCAAGGGGACAUGCUCCCAGCAACUUCGUAUAUCCCCGGAGACGAAACAAGUGCCAAAGCAAGAAUUAAGGAAAUUCAGGCUUGGUUGAAGGAGAUCGAAUCAAAAAGCUUCGAGAGAGUGCCACUGGAAGCGGAGCAAUUGGACUCAGAAAUUGUCAAGCGAAUCGAACACGCUGCGGAUGAAGCGCUUCGAACAGAGCCGCCUUCAGUCAACAAAACUAUUGGUGGUGUUCCUCGAAACGGACUUCUGAAACCAUCAGAUGCGCAAUGGCGACUGGGUAGCCAGAAAUUCAGCCUCGGUGAUCGGAUCAUCUACGUUGCUGACUCGGGCAAAGUUCCUAUAGCUUCAAAAGGAACUGUUGUUGGACUUACACAGACGAGCCGAGAAAGCCUGCUCGACGUUGUAUUUGACGUUUCGUUCAUGAGUGGGACAUCACUCGGAGACCGCUGCUCGCCUUUCCGUGGCUCAACAGUGCCCACGUGGUCGGUGCUCAACCUAAGCAACCGACAAGUGCUCGCAUCGUCCAAGGCCAGUGUGAACAGAAACACAAAUGGUACAACAUCGACUCCGCUCACCAUUUCUGGUUAUGGGCAACCCGGGAUUGAUGGGAGAGGUCAGUACCGACCUGCGCAGGCGCCGCCAGCCCUACGCGGGUCCUGGCGCGGAGCUGUUGCAGGACAGCCAUAUGGUCGGGGUAACCAGAACGGCGCAGGUCGUGGGCAGACUUUGCCUAUCCGAAACGGAAAUAAUCCAUUUACGAAUUCGCAUCACAGCAACGGUGCGAAUGGCCCAGGUGCACCAAGCCGUGGUGGAACCCGUGGUAUGGCUACUCAUUCCACUCGCGGUGGCUAUCAAUCUGUUGAUCGAGGCGAUCCUACAACAGAUGUCAUUCAGAACAACCCGAAUUUCCGAGCACGCUCUCAUAAUAAUGUUCCACCACCUGCGAGUCUCAACAACCCGAGUACUCCCCGUGGGCGUGGAAGAGGUCGAGGCGGCCCAUCCAGGGGCGGACGAGGCACAACAUCCAGAGGAGGAGCACCGGCAGCUUGA